GAAUUGAAAAGAGUUAAUAAUUGUUUCGUUUAUCACUUAUCAUUUUUAAAAUAGCUCGAAAAAGCUAAAUCGGAUCGCAUAUAUAGGGUUUUCAUUUCAUGUGUAUAAAAGAAAAUCAGUGCACCUAAAUGGUAACGAAAUCAAGUUCGAAAUCUCGUUCUCACUUCAAAUACUCGUCGCGUGCGUCACCCAUUUUUUCUCAAUUGCUUGAUAUUCAAUCGUCCAGCAUAAUAAAACCAAUUGCGGCCAGCCCGAUAUAAUAAAUCUAAAUGUGAUUAGUGAAGUGAAAAAAUAAAGUCGAAUUGCUGCCCGUUUGGCAGACAGUGGUUAGCUGCUUGGUUUAAAAAAACCUAAAGUCUGAAGUAGACGGCACCUUCAUCGAUUGAACGAGCGGACGGCCGACCAAAACAACAGGAGACACCGCGACUAAUUAUAGGAAAAUCAUUGAAUCAUGGCUUCACUUUCUGCCAGCGCUGAAAACCUUUCCAGCGAUCAGAACAACGACGGUUCUUCCAUGUGCUUGGAGCUGGCACUGGAAGGCGAGCGAUUGUGCAAAUCGGGAGACUGCCGAGCUGGUGUGGCGUUUUUCCAGGCGGCCAUUCAAGCCGGCACUGACGACCUUCGAACACUAAGUGCCAUCUAUAGCCAGUUGGGGAAUGCUUAUUUCUAUCUCGGUGAUUAUACGAAAGCGAUGCAAUAUCACAAGCAUGAUUUGACAUUAGCGCGAUCGAUGAACGACAAGCUAGGUGAAGCGAAAUCUUCCGGAAACCUGGGAAACACGUUAAAAGUUAUGGGACGUUUUGACGAGGCUGCAAUUUUUUGCCAGCGCCAUUUGGCUAUCGCACAAUCGCUUGGAGAUCGACUUUCAGAAGGACGAGCGUUGUACAAUCUGGGUAAUGUGUACCACGCAAAGGGUAAACAGCUGGGACAAAAAGAUCCCGGAGACUUUUCCGACGAGGUAAAGGAAUCGUUGAUGCAGGCCGUCGACUACUAUCAGCAAAAUUUAACACUCAUGAAGGAGCUCGGCGAUCGUGGUGCGCAAGGAAGGGCUUGCGGAAAUCUUGGGAACACAUACUAUCUCUUAGGAAAUUUUGAAACUGCCAUCGAACAUCAUCAGGAACGGCUACGAAUCGCACGGGAGUUCGGAGAUAAAGCUGCCGAACGUCGAGCCAAUAGUAACCUAGGGAAUUCGCACAUUUUCCUCGGCCAGUUUGAACAGGCUGCCAAUCACUACAAACGCACACUAUCUCUCGCCAUGGAACUGGGCGAACGUGCCGUCGAAGCGCAAGCCUGCUACAGUCUCGGUAACACGUACACCUUGCUGCGAGAUUUUCCGACCGCCAUCGACUACCAUCAGCGUCAUUUGGCCAUCGCUCAGGAGCUGGGCGACCGAAUCGGUGAAGCGCGAGCGUGCUGGAGCUUGGGCAAUGCUCACUCAUCGAUUGGAAACCACGAAAAAGCUCUUCACUAUGCCAACUCGCACUACCUGCUGGCAAAGGAAUUGGGCGACGUAGUUGGUGAAAAUACGGCCAAAAUGAACAUAUCGGAUCUUAGAAAAAUACUCGGCCUGCCGGAGCUGCCACCGGCAGACAGUGCUUCCAUACUGGCAAUCGAAAAUGAUACUCUGCAAGAACUGGCCACUCAGAAUACUCAACUCGGCACGAGCGGAGCGAACAGCAGUGGCGGAAAGGGUGGUGUUGGUCUACUCUCCAAGCAGCAUCGUGUGCGACGGCAAAGCAUGGAGCAGUUGGAUUUGAUUAAGCUGACACCUGAUGGCAAAAAGAUGGUAAAUGUGCAUGAUAAGCAGCAACCAGCAGCUCAGUCGGCAUUAGCUCAGCAACAGCAACAACUCAAGAGCAACAGCAAGCAGGACGAGAAUAUAUUCAAGAGCAACGACGAAGACUUCUUUGAAUUGUUGACCCGGUCCCAGAGCAAACGGAUGGACGAUCAACGUUGUACCCUUAAGGUAAAGUUGACUCAUGCCGAAAGUGUCGAUUCCGCUAGGAAACCUUUGACUCAGCACAACAGUAAUGCAGCGGUAGCUAAAGAAAAUAGAAACGCUUUGCUGGAGAUGAUCGCCGACUUUCAAUCAGAGCGAAUGGAUGAGCAACGAGCCUUGCUACCAGGUUUGAAGCGAAUCUCGCUUAACAACUCUGCCACCGCGUCUAACCGUCCAGUGAACGCUAGCAGCAACAGUACCACCAAUAACAGUCAGGCACAGCCUCAGCAACCGCCGCCGGCGGAUAAUUUUGAAACACCACCAGAUGACGCUUUUCUCGAUAUGCUGAUGAGAUGUCAGGGUUCUCGCAUCGAGGAGCAACGCUCAGAAUUACCUACGCCGAAUAUCACGAUGGAUGCGGAAACGAGCGAGAGACGAACUGGCGGGCCGGGCAUUUCCAACAGCGGAGCCACCGUUCCGGAUGAAGAUUUCUUCUCUUUGAUCAUGCGUCUUCAGGGUGGCCGGAUGGAAGACCAACGAGCUACAGUACCUUUGCAUAAUAACAACAACAGCCACCGUAAUAAUAAUAAUAAUAACAGCAACAGUAGCAACAAUCAAAAUCAUAGUAACAGUAAUAAUGCCACGAGCAGCAACACCAGUCAGGGUGGAAAUAGCUCAAAUCGCAGCAUCGGAAAUGGCAGUAAUAAUAAUCAGCAGAGCUCCGCUGGUCGAGGCAAUGGCAGUGGCAGGGAACUGAAAUGAUUUUACUCUUUCAGUCGAUCAAAAUCUGUUCAAUAUUAGUUGUAGUUUUUUGAAACUAAUCGCUUUUGCAUAGAUUGCAAUGUGCAAGCGAAAGACGACGAUAUCAAACGAUUGUAAACCUUCCGCGCCAUAUUUCUUUACUUAUCGUAUGUGUGAUUGUGUGCAUAUUUUUUUACUAAAUAGUGAAGAUUUAAAAUAGUAUCCUUGCAUUAGAACAACUACACAGACCGCUGUCAAAUAUUUUACAAUGCAAGGUAUACUCUAUAAUACGGAUAUGUUUACUGCUUAUUUUUAAACACAAACAAUCCGUUCGACGUAAUUGUAAACGAACGCCAAUAUAGUCCACUUGCAUGCAAUUUAAUAUUUUGUAAAUGAUCGAUAGAGUAACUAACCAGUCAUUCCUUCUCCUAGACACGAUAGGAUUUUUUCAGUUUGCAUUGCACAUAUGGCUAAUCGAUUCUAAGUAAUCGAUAGAAUAGAACAAAAUGAGACUAACAUUUUACUUGUUUGAUUGUCUCUAAAAAUAUUAGACAUUUCCUUUAUAUCAACGUACACGAAACAAUGAUGAAAUAAUCAAACAUUUAGAAUGACCAAAAUAGUUCAUAUAAAUAAAAGUGCAGUCGCUUUAUUUUUCAAAUAUAGUAGAAACUUAUAUAUAUAAAAAAAUGAGACUACACCUAGAACAAAAGCCAUUUAUUUAGAACCUAAGGGUGUAAAAAAACUGAUUUUUGCAAAUCUUUAAGCUAAAGGAAUAAUUAUUAGAAAAACCACACGUCACGACUUCAUGAUAUUGCUAUGGAUUAGAGAAUUAUUCUCCGGGUAUCUAUGAAUAACGCUAUAUAUUUCACGCUUUCAAUAAAAUGAAAGCAAAACAAUACAAACUCUACGGCAUUUAAAAUUGUGUGCUUUUAUUCUUCUGAUCUAAUUAAUAUGCGAUAGUGUCAUCAAAUCUUCCAACUUUUAGAUCGAAACACGUAUUUAAUAUAUACACAAGUACUAAACCCUUACUAAUGAUAAAAAUGACUGGAAUCUACCACUUUAAUGAAUAUUACUAGAUAGAAAUAAUGACAGGACAAAAGAAAAUACCAAAAGUUUGCGCUUUUUCCCACGAUCGGUAGCAAUCGUUAUUUCAUAUCGUAUUUAUGUGUGUAUUAUUUUGGAACCCAUUCCAACCAAUCAGUAGCAAUAUUUUCUACUGAAACUUCCGAGAGUUUUUUAUAAAUAUGUUGUUUGAAAAAUCCUUUUAUGGAGCCCAAUGGAUAUAGUACACCACUGUGAAAGCCAAAACGAAAACAAAAAACUAAAUUACAAACUGUGUACGGUGAUUGUUAAAAGUUCAAAUAUGUUUUACCUACUUACCCUAUUGACGAUACUUUUUUGUUAUGUAUGACCCUAACAGUCUGAUGAAUGGAAAUAUACUAUCUA